AUGGCUAAUUGCAAGCCGGCAUCAACACCUGUUGAAGCUGCACCCAAGCUGUCUGCCAAGGACGGCAAACCAGCAACAGACGGCACGUUCUACCGCAGCAUCACCGGCGCGCUGCAGUACCUCACGCUCACGCGCCUGGACAUUGCAUAUGGCGUGAACCAGAACCUCGUCAAGCGAAUCCUGCGAUAUCUACCCGGCACCAUCGACACCGGCAUCACCAUCUCGGCCACCCCAUCAACAACACUGAAGGCAUAUUCAGAUGCUGAUUGGGGCGGAUGUCCAGACACCAGGCCUUCGACAUCUGGGUGCUGCGUGUUCCUGGGGGACUCCCUCGUGUCAUGGUCGUCCAAGCGACAGACCACUGUCUCGCGAUUGAGUGCCAAAGCGGAAUAUAGGGCGGUCGCAAACGCUGCUGCAGAGUGCUGCUGGCUCCGCAACCUAUUGCAAGAGCUCCACGUCGUCGUCGAUAAAGCCACGGUGAUCUAUUGUGACAAUGUAUCUGCGGUUUACCUUACAGAAAACCCGGUACAUCAUUGCAGGACCAAGCAUGUCGAGCUUGAUAUCCACUUCGUUCGUGAGAAGGUGGCACUCGGUCAGUUCAAGGUACUGCACAUACCAACUCAGCACCAGUUUGCCGAUAUUAUGACCAAAGGCCUCCCAACACCAUUGUUCACAGAGUUCAGAGAUAGUUUGUGCAUUCGACCAUCCCAUGCUCCAACUGCAGAGGGCGUGUCAGCGACCUAUUCUCCAGACGUCUGUUGGUUAGCAUAG